GUCCUGUAUUUUACCUGCGAACCUUUUUCGGUUUUUGAUAAUACUUCGAAUUUUUUUGUCUUUUUAUCUUUCGUAUCCAGUACUUGCAUCCAGCUGCAUGGAAGUUUUGUGGAUUUCUAUUGCUAAUCGCUUUAAGUCGUAGCGUGUCGAGAUAAAGUCCGCCGUGGCAGUGAUUUGAUAUUUCGUUGUUAGAUUCGCUAUUGUUGUACGAUGCUCACUAGUUUGCGAAAGCUAAUUAUAAUCCAGAGACGGUACUACCUAUACCACUCCCACAACGAAUUGUUUAUUCACUACUGGAAGACCUUCGUGCCUGGAAAUACUGGAUGGUACAUUUUCUCUGCCCACGCCGUCGCUCGAUUUUGUAGCCAUGGAUCUCUGGUAAACUGUUUUUCGAGAAGCGGAAAAUCCUCCGGUUCGCUGUUCUCGAGCUUCACUGGAGCUCCUAAAACACCUGGAUCGGGCUCAACUGAGAUGACCGAAAAAAUGUACAACGAAAUCGCGGACCAUAGCUUGGAUGAACUUACUGCACUCUUUGAAGAAAUAGGCGAUACGCAGCAGUGCCAUCCGGAAUACGAUGUGACACUAGCGAAUGGUGUCCUGACAGUCAAGAUUCAGCCAGGCGAGACUUACGUUAUAAAUAAACAGAGCCCUAAUCGACAGAUUUGGUUAUCGUCUCCCUUGAGUGGCCCAAAGCGCUAUGACUAUGCUCGAGGAACCUGGAUUUAUCUUCACGAUGGGAUGUCCCUUUAUGACCUUCUCUCAUCUGAAAUUUCCAGUGCAAUUGGAGCACCCAUUGAUUUUUCGCGAUGCAGGCCAGGCGGCGCGAGCUCGUCCUAACAGUGCUGGUGUUCUAUAUUUAUUACAGCAAAAAAACUGUUGUGCAGUCUGGUGAACUGUGCAAGUGUGCACCCUUUUGACGUUUCUUCUUUCCUGGUGUGAUUCGCUUCUAAAAUUUUAUGGUUAUGAAUAUUUAUAGGCGAAUGGUAAAUUAGCUAUCUACCUUAAGGAAUUGUGUUAUUUGGGCUCGAGCGUUCCAUUCAUAUGGAAUACUGAUGACUUUUGCAAGUGCGAACGAGAGCUAAGUGCUAACUGCCUGGUGAGAUGACAAAUACGCACUUCCCUUUACCCGUAUGCAACUGACAGAAGUCACAAAAAGGAAGGUACUUUC